AAAUGAUGUUGCACUGAAUUAGUAACAUAAUAAGCACAUAAUAAGACAGAACCGUUUAAAAUUAUUUGUUUCAAUCUGCGUGUAAAACUAAAAUAUACUCAAAAAAACAAAAACAAAACAAAAAACACAACUUGCCUUAAAUGUACAUCACGAUUUUAGCACUUUCUAUAACGCGGCAUUUUUUUUUUUUUUUUUUUUUUUUUUUUGGUUUUGUUUUCAUUUUGUAAAAACUACACAGCAUAAAUGCAAUUACAAAACAACUAUACUCCAAACGCGUUUCUUACUUGCUAAUACACUAGUUGUACCACAAUGACCCGUUGAAUGUUUUAUUUUUAUUUUAUUUAUACGUCUACAGUAUAGUGAACUGGGUAGCUGUAAAUAAUUCCACCCUCUUUAAAACCUAGCCGUGCUGUUGCCUUGCAAUGGAUGUUUCAGGGGAAAGUGUUUUUCCUGUCCAAUGUGCUUGUUGGUUGAAAGCCUGAUUGGGUGUUUACCUGACAGCUCGGUCUGUGAUUGCAGGAUGUAAAGCCCAGCCCCCUUCACUCCAGCUUGGGGACCAUUCAUAAACUAAACAACUGCAGCACUCCCAACUGAGUCUGGGCAGCACAGCAGACAGUGUUACAAGGAGCAGUUACACAGACAAAAAAAACAUAAGAUCAUAGACAGCUUUUCGUCAGGAGGACGGACAACACAUUUUCAAACUCUUUCACGUUCACUCAUUCUGAUUUGCUGUUUAAAUGGACUGAACUGCUCGGUUUUUACUAAUAUCCUAGCCCGAUUUCUACUGUUGGUGGUUGAUGCUUCUGAAGACCCUUCACCGUAGAUCACAAAGUUACUUUUUUUGUGAUUGUUUUUUUUUUUUUUUUUUUUUUUUUUUUUUAAGUGCUUGCCUCUGGCUUAACCGGUAAGCAUUGGAUCCAUCAACGUACUGCGAAUCACCGGUGUACAACCCGGACCUUUGCCCAAACAUGAUAGCUGCCCAAGCAAAACUCGUUUAUCAGCUCAACAAAUAUUAUAACGAGAGAUGCCAGACGCGGAAAGCCGCCAUAGCCAAGACCAUCAGAGAGGUGUGCAAGGUGGUAUCAGACGUCCUAAAGGAGGUAGAAGUGCAGGAGCCCCGUUUCAUCAGCUCCUUGAGCGAAAUUGAAGCACGCUAUGAAGGGAUGGAGGUUAUUUCCCCUAACGAAUUCGAGGUAGUGCUUUACCUGAACCAGAUGGGGGUUUUCAACUUUGUGGACGACGGGUCGUUGCCUGGUUGCGCAGUAUUAAAACUCAGCGAUGGACGCAAAAGAAGCAUGUCUCUUUGGGUAGAGUUUAUCACAGCCUCUGGCUAUUUAUCUGCCCGGAAGAUCAGGUCAAGGUUUCAGACACUGGUGGCUCAAGCAGUAGACAAAUGCAGCUAUAGAGAUGUUGUCAAGAUGGUUGCAGACACCAGUGAAGUAAAACUGAGGAUCCGUGAGAGAUACGUAGUCCAGAUCACGCCAGCCUUCAAAUGCACCGGCAUCUGGCCUAGAAGUGCUGCCCAGUGGCCAAUGCCUCAUAUCCCGUGGCCAGGUCCCAACAGGGUAGCCGAAGUAAAAGCCGAAGGCUUCAAUCUUCUCUCUAAAGAGUGCUAUUCGUUAACCGGCAAACAGAGCUCAGCUGAGAGCGAUGCCUGGGUCUUGCAGUUCGGAGAAGCUGAAAACAGACUCCUGAUGGGUGGCUGCAGAAAGAAAUGCCUCUCCGUCCUCAAGACUUUGCGUGAUCGGCACCUUGAAUUACCAGGGCAACCUCUUUACAACUAUCACAUGAAAACCCUGCUUCUUUACGAAUGCGAGAAACACCCCAGAGAAACGGAUUGGGACGAAUCGUGUCUCGGAGACCGAUUAAAUGGAAUCCUCCUUCAGCUCAUCUCGUGUUUGCAGUGUCGCAGAUGCCCUCAUUACUUCCUACCAAACUUAGAUCUUUUUCAAGGAAAGCCCCAUUCAGCCCUUGAAGCUGCUGCAAAACAGACCUGGAGACUAGCAAGAGAAAUCCUUACGAAUGCAAAAAGCCUGGACAAACUAUAGAGCAAUUAUUAUUAUUAAAGAACAAUCGUGAUCACUUCACUACAAGUGAACUAAAGUGGACCCCCUUUUCUCCAAGUAAUGUGAAAAAAGACUUUGUACAAAAGAAGCAAUGAAGGUACAUUUUCAACUAAAUGUCGUCCUUUUUGUUUUGAAUGUUUUCACAAAGUGAAGGAACUUUUAUUUAAAUAUAUAUACACAAAUUCUUUUAAUGCAAAAAAAAAAUAAAUAAAUAAAUUCUGAUGUUAAAUGUAAAGAGUGCCAAGUUCAGAUUUUGAUUAUAUGCCCUCAAAAUUGAAAUGUAUAACAGUAAUAAAAUGGAAUUACCUUAAUAUUGGCUUUGUGUUUAAUAAGAAAUGUUAACAAUAUGGUCAUGGGUUAAUCUUGGUUUCUACAAUUUUUUUUUUUUUUUUUUGAUAGACGCAAUGUUAAGCAAUCUAAAAUUUUUAGCCAUAGAACUAAAUACCGAACGUCUUGUAUAUUUAUACUAUGAACCAAGAAUUGUAAAGAAAAAUAAGUUGGACCGUAUAACACAGAAAAUAAAAACAAAUUAAUAACACUGGUUUUGGAGACGUGUGUUAGGCCUGUAUAAGCUCUAUAAAUGAAACGCAUUUUUAUUCAGAACAAAAUUAGGUCAUGUGUAGGCGAUAAACAAUUAAUAUCUAGGCGCAGUAUAAAAUAUCAACAAUUGUUUAUGUUUCACGUUUUCACAUAAAACAUUAAAAAGUACAAAUAUUGCUUUAGUAAUUUAUAAAGAGACUCGGAUAACAACACAUUAAAAUACAUAGCUGCGAUCCAGUGCUUAGGAUUUUUUACUUUUAUUUCGAGUCAAGUUAAUAUAUGCUUAGAUUCAUAAGGAGACAAAACAGUAAAAUGAUGAUAGGUACUUAGUUGCGUUAACUAGUAACAUAUUGACAUGUUUGAUUAAAUAAUGUAAGACACUUACAAUAUAGUGCUUAUUUUACCAUUACUUGUUAGGUACAGAAUAACAGAUAUGACAGAAUAAUGUCAGAUCAUGUUUAGGUUGUCUAAAGAUACAUUAAAUAAAACACACAAAGCGGUAGGCAUAUCAUUAUUAAAACUCCACAACGAUCACUUACUUACUGGUUGUCUUUGGUAAGUUUGGGAAAUAUAGGCUGUGUGAAGUAGGCCCGAAGAGCUGGGUCGCCAAGGUCUAGAAUUAGGGUUUUGAUACUGUAUGCAAUGACCAAUGCAUUAAUUGUUAUAAGUUAAAUUGUUAUUUUACGUUCCUGUAAAUUGUUUACUGAUCAAAUAUUCAAAUAUUAACUUUAAAUCAGCAAAUUACAGAAUUGUUUUUCUCCAUUUAACCACGAGGAAGUCGACGUUUUUGGUACUGUGCAAUAAUGCAAAAUUGUGAGUAAGUGAGUAACCUUAUCUCGCUAUCGGUUAAGAUCUUUAUUUUGAGAGCAUGCUAAAACCGUGUCAGGAUGUUUUGGUUCCACAAGCUUUACACGUCAGCUAAAUUUAACAAGCAUAGAAAAGUAACUGAAUUAAAACACCAUCCCUAUAGGCAGCCUCACGUGCUGUGGAAAAUAUAUCAACACCACAUUGUGUAUCUUGCAUACAUCUGCCUAUAAUCUUUUAAAAACAAAUACCAACUUUUUAUAUUUAUGUCAUUCUUCUUUCACCGCUUUGGGUGAAGACUCGCAGAAUAAAAGGACGCUGGGAUCACAAGCAAUAAGCAUAUUUCCCCACUAAAUCAUGCUUCAGAGUCUAAUCAGAAAUUAUCCACAGUAAAUUUCUACAUACUUCCAUAAUUACAUUACCUAUAAUAAUUAAAACAUGUUUAACUGUGUAUGUUCUGAUUGUAUUAAAACAGUAAAUUAUUUAAGCGUUAGUUAUUUAGUGUGCCAAGCGCUGCGUCUGAUGUUUUAAUGACGUAUUAGUUUAAGAUAAUGUCUGCUGCAAAAAAAUAAAUACAUAUUAAACAAGACACUGCAGACAUUAUACACUACUUCCUGGUUAUAGUGCUAAAUAAAUUCAUCUCUAAAACAGGGCCUUAUUUUAAAUGUUUCUUUUACUAGCAUAAUCUCCUUUUUAAAAACAGUUUACCAAUUUAACAAAUUAAGAAUGUAUUGCAGAAUAGGUCAUUGAGUUGUAACAAAAUAUUCCAAAAUAUAUUUCAGUAAAUAUUAAAAACUAUGCCAAAAAAAAAAAAGACACACACACCGAACUUAUUAAAAUAUCACACGAGUCCAACAAUGAAUUACACAUUUUAAAAAUGUAUUAUUUUACACACACAAAACAAAUCUGCUCGGUGAUAGACGGUUUUAUUUUAGGUCUGCUAUACAGACCUAAAACUAAAUACCAAGGCUAAGAAAAAAGGAGUCUGAAGUCUAUAAAUAUUUGUUGAUAUAUUCUGUAAUAAUUAUGAAGUUCAAGGUUUUAAUCCUCCUUUAUAAUUUUCCAACAUUUACAAACAAAUCAAACAUCAAUCUGUACGCC